CAAAAUUUUGUGGCAGCACGCCCGGCGCAAAUUGGAUCGAGACCAAGAAAAAGGCCGACAUUCUAGCAACACCGACAUUGUGUUCCAAAAGCCUCGAGGCCCCCUGGUUAAUUUAAAACUAGUCUACUUUGAUCAAUUGUGAACCGGGAUAGUCGACCGAAAUGAAAGAAGCAACAUCCCCAACCAGGAGCUCCAUCGGAGACUUCUCCAUCCUUCCCAUCUCCUUCCCCCCGACGCGAGCAUACCCUAAAGCAGUCCUGCACCACGUCUACGUGCGGCGGAACGCACCCAAGAUCCCGACACCCGACGAUGACCGGAGCCUCUUCCUGGCCAACGUGCCCGUAGACAGCACAGAGGCGCACUUCCGCGCCGUGUUCGCCGCGCUGGCUGGCGCCGGCAAGUUUGAAAGCAUUUCGUUCGAGGACGACCGCAGGCGGCGAGCCGCCGAGUCGUCCUCGGUGCGGCCGUCGCAGGCGCUGAGGCUGGCACAGACGGCGCACGGCUCCUCGAAGAAGAGGAAACGUGGGGAGGCGGAGGAGGAAGAGGAGGAGGACGACCAAGAGACGGCACGCACGCUCUUUGAGACUUGGCCGCGGCGCCUGCACGGCAGUGGCGGCACUGCGGUUGUGCUGCUGGCGGAUGAGAGGAGCGUCAGUGUGGUGCUCAAGGCGGUUGGCAAGGUGCACAAGUCAAAAAAGUACCCCGUGUGGGGCGCCGGCGUUGAGGAGUCUGCGGCGACGGAGCUGGGUGCCCCGUGGCUGCGCGACCACAAUAGGCUGUGCUUCCCCAACAAGGUGGUGGUGCAGUCUGCGGUGGACUCAUUCUUUAUUCUUUUCAACAAGCGCGAGAAGGAAGCGGCAGAGCUGGCCAAGAGGAUGCGCAGCGAACCGGACGAGGACGGGUUCGUCACGGUGGUGCGCGGCGCCGGCAGGUCUGCUCCGGCACGGAGAGACGAGGCCGAGGAGGCGAGGAGGAGGUUGGCGGAGAGGGAAGAGCGCAAGAGGCAGGAGCUGGGAGGCUUCUACCGGUUCCAGCUGCGCGAACAGAAGAAGGCGGAGCAGGCCGACCUCAUCCGCCGCUUCGAGGAGGAUCGGAAGAAGGUAUCGGCUAUGCGGGAGAAGAAGGGCAAGUUCAAGCCGGAAGCAUGAGAACGGACGUUGUGUGUCAUGGAUAUUACAUCACGAAACGUCUCAACCGUCUGUGUUGUGGUCACGGCCAUCAACACUGGCUUCUGGCCAACGUUUGGCACAUGCUAAUUCAAAGGAACACCUUUGAUACUGGCCAGUCCAACGAAUGAGUGUGCAGGAAAUGGUGGAACCUGAAACAUCGGCGUCGAGUCCGGGGUAUUAUUGGGGCCCGCGCUAGAAGGUGAAGAAGUGGCAGAUGUGGUUGGUGAUCGGUUGGGUGGCGUCCGAUCUGGCUGGUCGCCUGGGUGCAUGUUGGGCAUUGAUGGCAUGACACGGCUCGGGAGGCUAUUAUGUCGACAUAGCAUGGGGCAACCAAGUUAUGAAAUGUGUGAGGGAACACAAUGUCCCGGCAACACGGCCAAUAGUACCCAACAUGAUGGGAAACCACAUACAUGCUUUUUCCGAAAGGCCUAACGAGGAACAUGCCUGUCGGCCUAAGAAGAAACCCGACGUGGCAUGAGUCGAUUCGUGAGAAACAAAAUUUCUGACAUCAGUGCGUAGGG